AUGUCACCGAGGUCCAAAUGGAAGGGUCCGUUCGUGGACGAGGCAGUCAAGGCCAUCGUGGACGGAGCAAAGAUUUACUCGCGGAGGUCCACAAUCCUGACGGACUUCGUGGGCUUCAUGGUCCAGAUCCACAAUGGUAAGACGUUUCUGGGAGUGAAGAUCACCGAGGACAUGGUGGGUCACAAGUUUGGCGAGUUUGCGUGCACUCGCAAGAUCAAAAACCUGCGCAAGAGCGCCGGGGCAUCGAAUCAAGGCAAAGGCGCCACUCCCGGCAAAGGUGGAGGAGCAAAGAAGAAGUGA